GCUUGCGUGUGUGUGUCUGCGGGUGCGCUCGCGUGUGCGGCCAGCGCUCAUGAAACUUCUGUCUUUGUCGACGCGUUUCCGUAGACCAUACCCUAGCGGAACCUGUCGGAUAGGUGCAGGCUGAGCUCCUCUGACGUGCGCAGGCAUGUGUGACAGCUCAGAGACCGGCGAACCGACAGAGAAAGGGAGGGAAAGAAGACUUGACACCACCGGACGCACACACACACACAUCCAGAACAACCAACACACUCUGCUUACCCAGGAAAGGAAAUAUGAAAAAUAACAUGCAGAGUGGAAAAUAGACAUUCCCUCUUUCCCUGGAGGGAACCAGAGGGAAAGGAAUGCUCUGGAAUGCCAAGGAACCCUGGAGAGCUUUUUCAUUCCAGCUUGGACUCAUGGAUCUGGACUCCUAAUGUGCAAUCUAAGACUGUUGGAACUACAGGACAUUUGGUUGGUUCUCUGCAUCACGUUGUAUGUGAUCCAUAUAGCCGGAGCCAUCUCCGUGGCCUCCCCCCAGCGGAGCAUGACUCGCUCGGUGCAGGAGGACGUGCUCUUCUCGGUGCGGGUGACCUGCCAGGGUGUGCCCACCCUCCAGUGGACCUUCAUGUCCGGCGCCGUCAGCCGCAGCAUCGGCAGCUGGCGGCCCGACAGCAGUGGCGUCGGCGGCGGCGGCGGCGGCGGCUCCUUCUCAAACAUCACGGCGGACUACAUCGACCGCGUGGAGACGUACGCCAACGGCUCGCUGGGUCUGGCCCGGCUGCGGCUCGCGGACGCCGGCUUCUACGUGCUCACCGUCACAGAAGGCUCGGGCAGCAGCAAGGACAGCGGCUUCGUGCUCAAAGUGAACGAGGUGAUCUAUGAGGACCUGCAGUACCUGUCCGUUUCGGCCCUGGUGCUGUUCUGUCUGGCGGGCCUGCUGAUGCUGUCCAUGUGGCUCCUGAACCGGGCCUACAAGAAGAUCAAGGCCUGCAGACGGCGUCGAGAACAGAACGGCAAUGAGACGGAGCUUCAGCCUCUGUAACAGAUGUCAUACUGUGUGGUGUCUCAGAGGAACCAUGAGGUUCACUGCCAUGGAGGGGGGGGGGCUCUGGGCGGGCAGAUGGGCUGACCCGUCCACGGCUCCAUGGACACGGGUACCACCCAGCCUCAGGACCCAGGCCUCAGGGGAAUCUCCCACCUGCUCCGUUUGGAAACCCUCUGUCUGGCUCCAGACCCCUCAGAGACUACCUUUCCCCGACGUGUGGCUGGUGUGUGCACCUGCACACAGACUGGACUCAUUAUUUCGAGACAACAUGGGCUCUGAUUGGUCCCAGCUGGUCCACGGGCUGGACGGAUGUACCUCUUUGUAAUACCUGAAGGAAAAAAUGAUAGGCAAACGUAUUUAAUUUAUUGGAUAUAGGGGGACCCGAGUAUCAGCGAUUGUGGAUUGAUAAGGAUUAUGGACGUUGGAAAAAUUACGGAAAAAUCCUUUGUGGGCUGCAGUUUAGUUUACUGCAUGCUCUGUGUUCUCCAGAUUGGUGCUGCUAGAUUGAAUGUACGUUAUUCACUGGAGACAGAGGUAUAUUUAUUUUACCCAACUGUUGCCCUCCUUUGUCAUCUUUGUAUUUUUACUUUGUACUUUCAGACUGCAUUGUUUUGGCUUCAUUUUCGAUACGGUGAUAAAAGCUGGAGUUCCUUUAUCUGA